AUGGACACUUUUGAGCACCCUUACUAUAAACUCAACAAACGUUUAUUAGUACUGACAGGACAAUGGCCUUAUCAGAAUUUGAAUGAUCGUUUUUUCCGUAGGUGCAUUGUAAAUUUUGCAAUUUAUAGUUUUCUUAUUACACAGAUAGCAGUGAUUUAUGAGUAUAGAAGUGAUAUCGAUACAAUACUUGAUAGUAUACCAGCUAUAACUGUUUGCUUAAUUAAGAAAUUGUUGCAGAUACAGAAUCUUUUGAAACAUAUUAUUGGCAAUUGGAAAAUAUGGAAAACUCAAGAAGAAAUGGACAUCAUGCACCAAUUUGCAAGUGAAGGAAGAUUUCUUACGUUAUUCUAUAUAAAUCCGAUUGACUCGGGACAUUCAUUCAAUAGACGUGCAAGAAAGAUGUGUUUUGAUAACGUAGUACAUUCUAUUAAAAAUCAUAAAAGAGCAUUGGAGUUAGUAUUAAUGUUAUUGGAUAACAAAACAGAAGCAUUUAGAUUCUUCAUUUCUGGAAUUGGUCAAUUUGUCCAUCUUUUGUGUAUAUGUUAUCCAGGUCAAAGAAUAAUAGAUUAUAGCACUGAAAUACGUUUUAAUGCAUACAAUGGAUUAUGGUACGAAGCACCAAUUGAAGUACAUAGAUUAAUGUUAUUAAUAAUACGAAGAAGUACCGAACCAUGUUACUUGACUGGCGGGAAAAUAUUCGUAUUUUGUUUAGAAACUUAUGCGAAGGUACAUGAAUUUAAAAAAUCUAACAUUUCUACAUUUCGUUCAAUUAAAAAACAAUAA